AUGGCUAAAAUGCAUUCUAGUGGCAGAGGUAUAAGUACAAGUAUAAAACCAUUUACUGUAAUGUUUCCAACCUGGUUAGAUGUUCCAGUUGAAGAAAUAAAAGCUGAUGUAUUAAAAAUGAAUACCAAGGGUGUGUCGUCUGCUGAAAUUGGUAAUAAAUUAAGAGAUGUUUAUGGUGUCGGGGAUUGUAAAACUAUUUUUAAUGGAUUAAGUCUUAGUAGAUAUUUAGAGAAAGAAGGCAAUUUUAUUGAAAUUCCCGAAGAUGUAAAAGACUUAGUUAAAAGAGCUAAUAUACUAAGAAAACACAUUAAUAUCCACAGAAGGGAUAAGGAUUCUAAGUUUAGAUUGGGAUUAAUUACUAGUAGAUUAAAUAGGUGUAUUAAACACUACAAAAAGAAGUUAAGAAUACCAACUACAUGGAAACCAAAAUUGGUUGAAUUAGUUAAAUAA